UUUUUAAUUAUUAUUUUUUUCUCCCCCGGGCCGGAUCCGCCCGGACUCUGCUCCAUCACGUGGCUGCCCUCUGGCGAGGCAGUAGAAAACAGCAGAGCUGGCCUCUGCAGCGGGAGAGGUUGGACUUCCCAUCUCUCGGUGCUGAAUGGCUACUAUGGCGCCUGCUCUCACUGACGCAGCAGCUGAAGCUCACCACAUCCGGUUCAAACUGGCUCCCCCAUCCUCCGCCCUGUCUCCUGGCAGUGCCGAGAACAACGGCAACGCCAACAACAUACUUGUCACCACUAACGGCACCAAAAGGAAAGCUGAGGAUUCCAGUCUAGAUUUUCGAAAUAACCCUACAAAGGAAGAGCUGGGAAAGCUGCAACCCCUGGUGGCAUCCUACCUCUGCUCGGAUGUAACAUCUGUUCCUCCAAAGGAGUCUUUGAAACUUCAAGGGGUCUUCAACAAACAGACAGUCCUUAAGUCUCACUCUCUGUUAUCUCAGUCCUUCUUGAAAACUAGUGACCUGUUGGGGAGGCAACCAGUGUUGGAGUUUUCCUUGGAAAACCUAAAAACCAUGAGUACGAGUAAUCAGACACCUCUGCCGCAAGCACCGGUCAAUGGAUUGGCUAAAAAGUUAGCUAAGAGUAACAGUUCAGAUCAUGAAAACUCUGCUUCGCUUAAUGGCGGGAAGCGUCCUGUCCCUUCUGCCACCCUCCAGGAUGUUGAUUCUAAUAGGCCUGGGGGUUCUGAUUUGGGGGACCCGAAAUCAUGUUUGACCAAUUGCACUCUUCCACACAGAAACCUUGAUGUGGAGCAUACAGCUCUGCUUAGCAAUAAUGGCACUGCAAAUAAGCGUAUCCUAAAUCCCCCAGAACACGGGUUUGAAGGGGGCAGUGGGGAGAACAGGUUGUUGACGUUGUCCGGUGUGCCUGCUCCUUCUGAACUUGGGAGCAGCAAACCUGAAGAGCAGAAGAUCUCUCUGCCAAACAGCUCCUUCAGUACCCUGGAACCAGAUAUGAGGACAAAAGUGUUAUUGCGGCGGCAGGCAGACAUUGAAAACCGUGCUCGCAGGCUACAAAAGCGCUUGCAGGUGGUGCAGGCCAAGCAGGUGGAGCGGCACAUCCAGCAACAGCUGGGUGGCUUCUUGGAGAAGACUCUGAGCAAGUUGCCGGCUUUGGACUCCUUGAGACACCGGAGUCAGCUGAUGCUGACCCGCAAGGCAGAAGCCGCUUUGAGGAAAGCCGCAAGCGAGACAAGUAGCUCAGAAGGACUGAGCAGCUUCCUAAAAAGUGAUGCCAUCUCCGAGGAACUGGAGAGGUUUACUGCCAGUGGGAUGGCUAACCUGCGGUCCUGUGAGCAAGCGUUUGACUCUGAUGUUACAGACAGCAGCUCGGGUGGGGAGUCUGAUAUCGAAGAGGAGGAACUGACCAAAGCAGACACUGAACAGCACCAUAUACCACUGAGGAGGCGGUCAGAAUGGCGAUGGGCAGCAGACAGAGCAGCCAUUGUGAGUCGCUGGAACUGGCUUCAGGCACAUGUCUCGGAUCUGGAGUAUCGAAUCAGGCAGCAAACAGAUAUUUACAAGCAGAUUCGAGCGAACAAGGGCCUGAUACUCCUUGGCGAGGCACCUCCUUCUGAACCCACCUCAGGUGACUCAUCCCACAGUCUCCGUGCCGACGUCAAGCUGGAGCCUGGGAUUGAUAGAUUGGGCUCUUCAGUCUCUCAGCCCCCUGAGAACCUUUGUACGUCUGUUGGCAAUACCCAAGAGUCCCAACCUGCCAAAACCUGCGGAGUGCCGAGGCCGGUCAAUGGCGUCAUAAACACUCUACAGCCUGGCUUGACGGAGCACGCUCAGGGAGAUGGCUCAGAUGCGGAGGAGUUGCUGCGUAAAAAACAGAGGCUAAACCUAGUCUCUUUGCCUCCCGAUGGAACCUGUGUAGCAGCCCGCACCCGCCCUGUCCUCAGCUGCAAGAAGCGGCGACUCGUUCGACCCAGCACCCUGGUACCACUCUCCAAAAAGGUUCAUCGCAAUAGCAUGGGGCGGUGCAACUGUGAUGUGAACCCCUUAUGUGCUCUCUGUGGCACUCGGAGCUCAGCGCCUCCAGAAAUCCAGUAUGAAGCCCCUUUGAUGGAACGUCUUUCACAGUUGGACUCCUGCAUCCACCCGGUUCUGUCAUUCUCAGAUGAUGUACCGAUGAGCUUGCAUUUCCAGAGCAUGCUGAAAUCCCAACUGCAGAACAAGCCUUGCGAGAAAAUCAAACCUCCCAAAAAGCUCACCCUGAAGCAUCGACCCACCAUGCCUUCUAGCAGUCUGUCUGACCCGGUGCGCAAGGACCGCCACAAGCUAGUUAAUACUUUCUUAGCUGCAGCCACUUGCUCACAUCACAAAACCGAGCCAGACAAGGCACACAGGCAGUCCUUAGACGAUCUAAGGGCUGCUCCCAAGGCCGAGAGAGCGCCAGAGCGCUCACUUAUCCUGACUCCAGUUCAUGAGCGAAAGCGAUUACGGGACAGCUCCUCCGAGAGAAGUGAAGUGUUGAAGCACCAUGCGGAUAUUGGAGGCCCAGGCUACCUGUCAGGCGCUAUGGCCUCAUCAGCUCACGGUCCCAUUGUGCGGCAGCUGUCCACCUCCUCUGAAAACUCCACGCCUGCCAGCACAAGCUCCCUGGGUGCCUCCAGUGCAUCUCAGCAGCCGAGGAGGAGGAGAGGGGAAAGCUCAUUUGAUAUUAAUAACAUUGUCAUCCCGAUGUCUGUGGCUGCAACGACUCGUGUAGAAAAACUGCAGUACAAGGAAAUCCUUACGCCAAGCUGGCGUGUUGUGGAUGUUGGUGCUGUGAAGGUGACCCCAGAUGAAGACAAUGAAGAGAUAGAGGACCUGUCAGAUACAGCCUUUGCCAUUCUCCAUGCCAAGUGUGAGGAGAUGGAACGGGCAAGGUGGCUGUGGAGCACAAGUAUGCCACCUCAGCGGCGGGGAAGCAGGUCUUACAGAUCAACAGAUGGACGGACAACCCCACAGAUGGGGAACCCAUCUACCCCACAGCCAGCCUCCCCUGAAGUUGGCAACUGCCAAUCCCAUUCUGACUUCUCCCUCACCCAUUCUCCACGUAGUCCCAUCAGCCCUGACCUGUUCUCUGGCCCGCACACCCCUCUGUCCCGGGACUCCAUGCGGCAUCUAUCUACAGAGGACACACGAUGUUCCACACCGGAAUCCGGCCUUGACGAACAGACUGUACAGCCCUGGGAACGACGCAGUUUUCCACUGUCCUUCAACCCCAAGACAGAGUGUGAAGACCAGUCAGAUCCACAGGACCGGUCAUCACGCUGCACACGGCGCACAUCUGGCAGCAAACCUUCCCGAGAGACAGACGGGGCACCCACCUCACCCACCCUCGCUAGCCUCAAGAGCCGGAACCCGGGGGCAGUGGCCACAAUCCAGCGGCCGGCCCACAGAUAGAUGGACAGGAAGAUGAAAGCAAAAAGCAAUCCACCAAACUAACUCUUGGCAUUAAAGCUUCCGAAAUCUGCGUUUGAUAUUCAAACAUCCUGCUGGGAAUUUUCACAGUUUUUAGUGAAUUUAAGGAGUUUAGAAACUGUUUUUUUUUCUCUUCCCCCCUUCUUUUUCUUUCAGUGUUUCCUUGUCACAGACACCUUUAUCCAGUGCUCUGUGGUCUAGUGAGGAGAGCAAACCUGUUUCCCCUUCCCCAUGCCUAGGUGUAUACUUCUAGAACCGAGUGUGAAGCUGACUAAUUGACCUUAGAAUUUAUUCUUGGGUGA